ACAUUUCCUUCCCCGUGUCCAACUCCUCGAGGCUUCUUGCUUCAAUAUCAAUUUUUAUUACGACAUUUCCUCCUUUUGUUCUCUCUCUCAUACUCCAUGUGAAGCAUGUUUUGAACAGUUAAAAUCGUACUUUUUCCUUUCCUCCUCUCUGUCAGACCUCUCCAGUGUGUUCCAAGAUCUGCAUAACGUUUAAACAUUUCCAUUGCAGAUUUUGCACAAGAUUUUAACAUUGCCUUCGCCACUUUUCCUAGAUACCCAUCAUUACAAAUUACAAUGUUGGGUAAAGGGUCAUUGCUAUUUUCUCUUGUAACUGCUUUCUUCAUUUUCUCUUCCUUUCUCUUCUCCCUCACCCUUGCAAGAUCUGAUUCUCAUUUUCCUUCCUUCCAAACUCCACCCCUUUCAGAUGGCGGAAUUAGGAAUGAGUAUGAUGUGGUGGUGACCAAAAGGUUUCUUGCUGAAAUUCCUGAGGCCCCAUUGAACUCGUCACUUAUUUUGGCUGCUAAGAGAACGGAUAGAAAAGAUCCUCUCAAUGAUUUCAAGAGAUAUACUGGGGGCUGGAAUAUCAGUGAGCGCCAUUACUGGGCUUCUGUGGUUUCACUGCAGCUCCAUUCUUUGUCGUUGCGCUGUGUUGGAUGUAUCAUUUUGUACAUUGGCCAGGGAAAGUUUCACAGCAGUACAGUUAACACAUUGGAUUAUGUGGUCCAUCAGGCAAAUACCACAGCGGAUAGGCUCAGAAACGUCUCAGGUUAUCUAGCAGCAGCCAAAAUUAUUGCUGUGGAUCAAGUUUUGCUUCCUGGUUCAGUCCAAACAGACAUAGACCGCAUCCAAACCAAGAUUAAUUCUUCUGCUAAUACUCUCUCCAGUAAAACAGAAGACAAUAAGGAUGACAUAGCAGGCUUGGUAGAGUCCGUACGAUUGGCUCUAAUCGUUCUAUCAGCCAUUAUGCUUCUAUUGACAUUUCUUGGAUUUGUACUUUCAAUUUUCGGGAUGCAGGUUUUCGUUUACAUCUUGGUAAUUUUUGGAUGGAUUCUUGUCACUGGGACUUUAAUUUUGUGUGGCAUAUUUCUUGUUCUCCACAAUGUGACUUCAGACACUUGUGUAGCAAUGAACCAGUGGGUCCAACACCCUCUUGCUAGUACAGCUUUAGAUGAUAUAUUGCCGUGUGUGGACAAUGCCACUGCACAAGAGACCCUUACCAAAAGCAAAGAAGUCACUUCUCAGCUGGUCGGUGUUGUUAACCGGGUCAUUACAAAUGUGUCCAACAACAAUUUUUCCCCCAUCUUUGGUCCUUUGUACUACAAUCAAUCUGGACCUAAGCUGCCAACCCUUUGCAAUCCGUUUAACACAGACUUGGCUGAUAGAUCCUGUAGUCCUGGUGAAGUGGACUUGAGCAAUGCGACAAAGGUAUGGAAGACUUCUGUCUGUCAAGUUUCCCCUAGUGGCAUUUGUUCCACAACAGGCCGUCUGACUCCGACCAUCUACGGCCAGAUGGCAGCUGCUGUAAAUGUGAGCUUUGGAUUGUACCAUUAUGGUCCUUUCCUGGUUGACCUAGAAGAUUGUGAUUUCGUUAGACAAACAUUUGGAGAUAUAUAUAGAAUAUACUGUCCCGGCCUUCAGCAUUACAUCAAAUGGGUUUACAUUGGCUUGGUGAUGGUUGGUGUAGCAGUGCUGCUUUCCCUCACAUUCUGGGUCAUAUAUGGGAGAGAGAGGCGGCACCGUGUCUAUACAAAAGAGCACAUGCCCAAGCCGAUUUACGAAUAGUCUGCUUUGCUUUUUUUAAUGCUAGGUAGAGGUGUAUUGUUGUGGAUCAAAUUUUCUGUAUGUACUGAUUUGUAAUGGCUGUUCAUAGAGCUUAUGGUUAUAUUGUGUUACUAGGUUCAUUCCUUGGGGUUGAACUACAAUUGUGUAGUGUUCAGAUGAUAGGAAUUCUAUCUUGAUGUUAUUAUGCCAUUCAUGGGAAUGGUAAAUGUGUAAAAGCUUACCCGCCUCGCUA